GAGAUGAGCCUGCUAGAGUUCCUGUAUCUGUCUGAUAACAAGCUGGACUACAUCCCCGUCCCACUACCUGAGAGCCUCAGAGUACUACACCUACAGGUAUCAACACGCAUGUACAGCCAUGGUCAAAAGUUUUUUUGAGAAUGACACAAGUAUUGGUCUUCACAAAGUUCGCUGCUUCAGUGUUAUGAUAUAUUUUUGUCAGAUGUUACUAUGGUAUACUGAAGUAUAAUUACAAACAUUCCAUAAGUGUCAAAGGCUUUUAUUGACAAUUACAUUAAGUUUAUGCAAAGAGUCAAUAUAUGCAGUGCUGACCCUUCUUUUUCAAGACCUCUGCAAUCCGCCCUGGCAUGCUGACAAUUAACUUCUGAGCCACAUCCUGACUGAUGGCAGCCCAUUCUUGCAUAAUCAAUGCUUGGAGUUUGUCAGAAUUUGUGGGAGUUUUGUUUGUCCACCCGCCUCUUGAGGAUCGACCACAAGUUCUCAAUGGGAUUAAGGUCUGGGGAGUUUCCUGGCCAUGGACCCAAAAUGUCGAUGUUUUGUUCACCGAGCCACUUAGUUAUCACAUUUGCCUUAUGGCAAGGUGCUCCAUCAUGAUGGAAAAGGCAUUGGUCGUCACCAAACUGUUCUUGGAUGGUUGGGAGAAGUUGCUCUCGGAGGAUGUGUUGGUACCAUUCUUUAUUCAUGGCUGUGUUCUUAGGCAAAAUUGUGAGUGAGCCCACUCCCUUGGCUGAGAAGCAACCCCAUACAUGAAUGGUCUCAGGAUGCUUUACUGUUGGCAUGAUACAGGACUGAUGGUAGCACUCACCUUGUCUUCUCCGGACAAUAUGUUUUCCAGAUGCCCCAAAAAAUUGGAAAGGGGAUUCAUCAGAGAAAAUGACUUUACCCCAGUCCUCAGCAGUCCAAUCCCUGUACCUUUUGCAGAAUAUCAGUCUGUCCCUGAUGUUUUUCCUGGAGAGAAGUGGCUUCUUUGCUGCCCUUCUUCACACCAGGCCAUCCUCCAAAAGUCUUCGCCUCACUGUGCAUGCAGAUGCUCUCACACCUGCCUGCUGCCUUUCCUGAGCAAGCUCUGCACUGGUGGUGCCCCUAUCCUGCAGCUGAAUCAACUUUAGGAGACGGUCCUGGCGCUUGCUGGACUUUCUUGGGUGCCCUGACGCCUUCUUCACAACAAUUGAACCUCUCUCCUUGAAGUUCUUGAUGAUCCAAUAAAUGGUUGAUUUAGGUGCAAUCUUACUAGCAGCAAUAUCCUUGCCUGUGAAGCCCUUUUUGUGCAACGCAAAUGAAGGCACGUGUUUCCUUGCAGGUAACCAUGGUUAACAGUGGAAGAACAAUGAUUUCAAGCACCACCAUCCUUUUAAAGCUUCCAGUCUGUUAUUCUAACUCAAUCAGCAUGACAGAGUGAUCUCCAGCCUUGUCCUCGUCAACACUCUCACCUGUGUUAACGAGAGAUCACUGACAUGAUGGCAGCUGGUCCUUUUGUGGCAGGGCUGAAAUGCAGUGGAAAUGUUUUUGGGGGAUUAAGUUCAUUUUCAUGGCAAAGAGGGACUUUGCAAUUAAUUGCAAUUAAUCUGAUCACUCUUCAUGACAUUCUGGAGUAUAUGCAAAUUGCCAUCAUCAAAACUGAGGCAGCAGACUUUGUGCAAAUUAGUAUUUGUGUCAUUCUCAAAACUUUGGACCACGACUGUACACACACCCCUAAUACACCUCACACACACCACUCAUACACCUCACACAACGCUCAUACUCCUCAUACACCUCACUCACACCCCUCAUACAGCUCACACACACACCGCUCACACACCCCUCAUACACUCCUCAUGCAUCUCACACACACCGCUCAUACACCCCACACACAAAAUACUACAGGUUACUAUAGAAUACUAUAGCAUUCUGUAAUAAACUGUACAGUACCUUGCAAAAGUAUUCAUCCCCCUUGGCGUUUUUUCCUAUUUUGUUGCAUUACAACCUGUAAUUUAAAUGGAUUUUUAUUUGGAUUUUAUGUAAUGGACUUACACAAAAUAGUCCAAAUUGGUGAAGUGAAAUGAAAAAAUAACUUGCUUCAAAAAAGUCAAAAAAAUAAAUAAUGGAAAAGUGGUGCGUGCAUAUGUAUUAACCCCUUUUGCUAUGAAGUGCCUAAAUAAGAUCUGGUGCAACCAAUUACCUUCAGAAGUCACAUAAUUAGUUAAAUAAAGUCCACCUGUGUGCAAUCUAAGUGUCACAUGAUCUCAGUAUAUAUACACCUGUUCUGAAAGGCCCAAGAGUCUGCAAAACCACUAAGCAAGGGGCACCACCAAGCAAGCGGCACCAUAAAGACCAAGGAGCUCUCCAAACAGGUCAGGGACAAAGUUGUGGAGAAGUACAGAUCAGGGUUGGGUUCUUUAAAUAUAUCAGAAACUUUGAACAUCCCACAGAGCACAUUAAAUCCAUUAUUAAAAAAUGGUAAGAAUAUGGCACCACAACAAACCUGCCAAGAGAGGGCCGCCCACCAAAACUCACGGACCAGGCAAGGAGGGCAUUAGUCAGAGAGGCAACAAAGAGACCAAAGAUAACCCUGAAGGAGCUGCAAAGCUCCACAGUGGAGAUUGGAGUAUCUGUCCAUAGGACCACUUUAAGUCGUACACUCCACAGAGCUGGGCAUUAUGGAAGAGUGGCCAGAAAAAAGACAUUGCUUCAAGAAAAAAAUAAGCAAACAUGUUUGGUGUUCGCCAAAAGGCAUGUGGGAGACUCACUAAACAUAUGGAAGAAGGUACUCUGGUCAGAUGAGACUAAAAUGGAGCUUUUUGGCAUCAAGGAAAACGCUAUGUCUGGCGCAAACUCAACACCUCUCAUCACCCCGAGAACACCAUCUCGGAGUGAUGGCAGCAUCAUGCUGUGGGGAUGUUUUUCAUUGGCAGGGACUGGGAAACUGGUCACAAUUGAAGGAAUGAUGGAUGGCGCUAAAUACAGGGAAAUUAUUGAGGGAAACCUGUUUCAGUCUUCCAGAGAUUUGAGACUGGGACGGAGGUUCACCUUCCAGCAGGACAAUGACCCUAAACAUACUGCUAAAGCAACACUUUAGUGGUUUAAGGGGAAACAUAUAAUUGUCUUGGAAUUGACUAGUCAAAGCCCAGACCUCAAUCCAAUUGAGAAUCUGUGGUAUGAUUUAAAGAUAGCUGUACACCAGCGGAACCCAUCCAACUUGAAGGAGCUAGAGCAGUUUUGCCUUGAAGAAUUGGCAAAAAUCCCAGUGGCUAGAUGUGCCAAGCUUAUAGAGACAUACCCCAAGAGACUUGCAGCUGUAAUUGCUGCAAAAGGUGGCUCUACAAAGUAUUGACAUUGGGGGGAUGAAUAGUUAUGCACGCUCAAGUUUUCUGUUUUUUUGUCUUAUUUCUUGUUUGUUUCACAAGAAAAAAUAUUUUGCAUCUUCAAAGUGGAAGGCAUGUUGUGUAAAUCAAAUGAUACAAACCCCCCCCAAAAAAUUCCAGGUUGUAAGGCAACAAAAUAGGAAAAAUGCCAAGGGGGGUGAAUACUUUCGCAAGCCACUGUAGUAUACUUUAAAAUCAUAUACUACACUCUGUAGUAUCCCUCAAUCAAGUAGUGCUUACUAUAUCAUUUUGAAGUAUACUGUAGAAUACUAUACUACACACUGUAUUGAUAUGCUAAUAUUACAUUAGCAUAUUCCCUGCCCAUUCCCCUUCCCAUAUCCCAAUUUGUGCCACCCUUGAGUGAGAAACAUACAUGCCAAGUAUAGACUAUAUCUUCUGUGUUGCAAGCAACAUAGCAAACAUUAAAGUCACAGAAAACCCCCAGGUGCUGGAUCAGCUGGUGGAGAGGCUGGAGAAUGUCCUCAUCCAGGCCCGGGAGGAUACCAUCUCUCUAACCACCGUCAGGCCACCAAAGCAACAACUCCCACACCUCCUCCACCUUAUCCAAAGAAAAUUAAGGAGAGAAUAAAUCAAGACCAGAUCCCCCCCCACACCAAAACAGAAAUAAGUCGGCUCCAGAACCACAUCAAAUAACAACUUACCCUGCACCACCAGAAUAAAUGGACCGCAUUCUACAAACAGCUUGACAAAGACUCCAACCCACGCAUCUUCUGGCAGAAAAUAAAGAGUCUUAAUAGAAACACAAAGAACAACACAAUUCCGACACUAAGGUCCCAGGGUCAACCCAUAGAGAAUAACUAAGAAAAGGCCAUACUGUUAAAACAAAAAAACAAUGACCCCAACUUUGACUCAGAAUGGGAAAAAAAUGGUGGAUAGAGACAUACGAAAAGCAACACCACUCACCUGGCUCCAGCAGACCACCAACUCAUCCAUGCUGUAACAAUCCCAAAACCCCCACUAACCUUUCAACCGACACUGACCUUUCCCCCGGCACCAGCAGAUCAGCCACUCAUCCGAGCUGUAACAGUCACAGAAAUCAGGACUCACCUAAAGAAAAUGAAAAGAAAAGCACCUGGGGAAGGCAACAUUGACACCAUACUACAAAAACAAGCACCUGAUGAAUACCUGCACUUUCUCUCCAACCUCUUCACCUCAUGUCUCACCCACGGCAACUUCCCUCAACCCUGAAAAACAGCAGUCGUCACCAUGAUCCACAAACCUGGCAAAGACCCACAGAAUGUUUCAAGCUAUCGACCAAUCAUUCUCCUCAGCCAUGUGGGAAACUAUUUGAAAGUGUACUCACCGCCAGAAUAAAUUGCGAUGUAGAAGACAGGGGCCUUCUUGGAGUACACCAGGCAGGCUUCCAAAGAAACAAAUCAACAACAGACAAUAUUUUAAGACAAUCAGAGAACAUUUAAAGAAAAUUUGAAAAAAUUGCUGUUUUCAUUGCCAUAGAAAGGCAUUAGAUAAAAUGUGGCACAAUGGACUGCACCACAGACUAGCAGAAGACAACCUCCAAGCUUCCUCCAUAACCGCCAAAUCAAAGUCAAGGUCUCCACAGCUAUCUCUCCACCAUUCACUCCAGAAGCUGGAGUCCCUCAAGGUGCAGUCCUCAGGCGACUUCUACAUCUACAUAAUCUACAUCCAAGACAUUUGCUACCCCCCACCCUCUGUUGGACAGGUAUCACAAUUUGCAGACGACUUAUGCUACUGGACCAGUUCUUAGUGUCCACAAAUAGCCUCCAGAAAAAUCAACAAGUGCAUAGAACAGAUAGAAAAGUGGUGAAAUGAGUGGCGAGUGAAACUAAACUCUCAAACACAGUGCAUUCUAUUCACCAGAAACACAAACCUCAAACCAAAGAAACCCAUAACCCUCAAAAGUGUUACAUUUAAGAGCAACAUGUUGUGGACGACUCACUUCCACUUUGUGGAAGGAAACACGGAGCACCACCGGAAACCAUUUUAAAAGUAUAUUUUAGCUACAUCAGAUCACUCUUCGAGUACUGGAUCACAGUCUCCACACCACAAAUGAACCGACUGCAAAGAAUCCAACUGUGAGAGACGGAAUCUAAAACAAAAAUCCAGAAAAUCACAUUGUAUGAUUUUUAAGUAAUUAAUUUGCAUUUUAUUGCAUGACAUAAGUAUUUGAUACAUCAGAAAAGCAGAACUUAAUAUUUGGUACAGAAACCUUUGUUUGCAAUUACAGAGAUCAUACGUUUCCUGUAUGUCUUGACCAGGUUUGCACACACUGCAGCAGGGAUUUUGGCCCACUCCUCCAUACAGACCUUCUCCAGAACCUUCAGGUUUCGGGGCUGUCGCUGGGCAAUACGGACUUUCAGCUCCCUCCAAAGAUGUUCUAUUGGGUUCAGGUCUGGAGACUGGCUAGGCCACUCCAGGACCUUGAGAUGCUUCUUACGGAGCCACUCCUUAGUUGCCCUGGCUGUGUGUUUCGGGUCGUUGUCAUGCUGGAAGACCCAGCCACGAACCAUCUUCAAUGCCCUUACUGAGGGAAGGAGGUUGUUGGCCAAGAUCUCGCGAUACAUGGCCCCAUCCAUCCUCCCCUCAAUACGGUGCAGUUGUCCUGUCCCCUUUGCAGAAAAGCAUCCCCAAAGAAUGACGUUUCCACCUCCAUGCUUCACGGUUGGGAUGGUGUUCUUGGGGUUGUACUCAUCCUUCUUCUUCCUCCAAACAUGGCGAGUGGAGUUUAGACCAAAAAGCUAUAUUUUUGUCUUAUCAGACCACAUGACCUUCUCCCAUUCCUCCUCUGGAUCAUCCAGAUGGUCAUUGGCAAACUUCAGAUGGGCCUGGACAUGCGCUGGCUUGAGCAGGGGGACCUUGCGUGCGCUGCAGGAUUUUAAUCCAUGACGGCGUAGUGUGUUACUAAUGGUUUUCUUUGAGACUGUGGUCCCAGCUCUCUUCAGGUCAUUGACCAGGUCCUGCCGUGUAGUUCUGGGCUGAUCCCUCACCUUCCUCAUGAUCAUUGAUGCCCCACGAGGUGAGAUCUUGGAUGGAGCCCCAGACCGAGGGUGAUUGACCGUCAUCUUGAACUUCUUCCAUUUUCUAAUAAUUGCACCAACAGUUGUUGCCUUAUCACCAAGCUGCUUGCCUAUUGUCCUGUAGCCCAUCCCAACCUUGUACAGGUCUACAAUUUUAUCUCUGAUGUCCUUACACAGCUCUCCGGUCUUGGCCAUUGUGGAGAGGUUGGAGUCUGUUUGAUUGAGUGUGUGGACAGGUGUCUUUUAUACAGGUAAUGAGUUCAAAGAGGUGCAGUUAAUACAGGUAAUGAGUGGAGAACAGGAGGGCUUCUUAAAGAAAAACUAACAGGUCUGUGAGAGCCGGAAUUCUUACUGGUUGGUAGGUGAUCAAAUACUUAUGUCAUGCAAUAAAAUGCAAAUGAAUUACUUAUUAAUCAUACAAUGUGAUUUUCUGGAUUUUUGUUUUAGAUUCCGUCUCACAGUUGAAGUGUACAUAUGAUAAAAAAUGACAGACCUCUACAUGCUUUGUAAGUAGGAAAACCUGCAAAAUCGGCAGUGUUUCAAAUACUUGUUCUCCCCACUGUACCUAAUUUAUAAACACAACAUAAUCGCAAUUAACAUGAAACCUAUCCCCUACCCCCUCUCCUUACCCUAAUCUGGGUCCGUAUCCUCCCCCUCCCCUCCCUCUUACUAAACAUUACUGACUACUGGCAUCUACUAACAGUUUUUUACACUUGUUUUUUUCUAAACUCCUUUACUAUUUUAACUACUCUCCCACUAACUACGUUUCACUCAUCACAUUGGCACUCUUCUUUCCUUUAAUUUUUUAAAAAUCUCAUCUAAGAUUGUUUUAAAAGUUCUCACUUCUUAUUGUUGUUAUCUUUUAGUUUAUUAAAGUUUGUUUUUAUUAAAAUCAUGUUGGGGAAUAAGUUAGCCGAUUGCGUUUUGAUCCUUGACCCACGUAUUUGUCCAGUAGGUUACCUCAUGGAGAAAGCCCAAAUAAUAUAGUAAAGAAAUAAGAUAAAAGGCUAUAGUAAAUACUACAGCAUACUGUCCUACAGUAUACUGCAGUAAUGUCUGCAAAAAUACUACUGUAAAUACUACAGUAAUGUCUGCAAAAAACACCACAAUAAACACUACAGUAUACAUGUCAUAUCCGUUAAAACAUUACAUUAAAUACUACAGUAUUUACUGUAGUGUUUUUGUGCAAAAACUGCUCAAACACUACAGUGAAUACUAUAGUAUAGAAAUAUAGUAAUACUACUACAUUAUACGUAAAUAUUUUUUCCUGUGGGACUCCCCACACUCAGCACAACAAGAUUAGCAUACACAUUGCUGCAGACACUGUCUCAAACCUAGUUUUCUUUGAGGGCUGAAAAUAGAGGAGACUAACUUUUCACCCCCACAGCUCUACUCCAAUCCUCAGGCUCUCCCCCAUAUUGUUUCAGACCCAGUAUAACCUGGUUUCUCGAAUUCCCACUAAAUGGCCUGCAAAGUCAUAAUCAUUUCUGAAAACAAAAAUUAGCUUUUUGGUCUUAAUUUACGGUUAGGGUUAGGCAGGCAUAAGGUUAACAGUGUGGUUAAGGUUUGGGUUAGAGUUAGGUUUAAAAUCUACAUUUAACAAGAUAAAUUGUAGAACUAGAAGGAGCUUCCGACUUUGCAACCUGGCCAGAUAGUGACGACCUAGUUUCUCUCUCCUCCCCUAUGCAGUCAAUGGAUUCAUAACUAGCAUAGAGUCAAAUUAGAGCAAUGACAGGAUGAGAGAACGACUCUCCAGAUUCAAUGGUGUCUGUGAAUUAAUCUAAUGACAUCUGCCAUCAUGUCUCUGCUUAAUCCAGUUUAAUUACCUCAUCAUAGUAACACACAACCCCCCCCCCCCCCCCCCCCCCCCCCGCUCUCUGUUUGUCCGUCUGUCUGUCUCUCUCUGUCUCACUCUCUCCCCCUCUCCUCUCCCCACCAGAACAACAACAUCCAGAAUCUUCACGUGGACACAUUCUGUAACAGCCACGACCGUAACUACAUACGACGCUCCCUGGAGGACAUCAGGCUGGAUGGAAACCCUGUCAACAUCAACCUGUACGCCUCCUCCUACAUCUGCCUGCCUCGCAUGCCUAUCGGGAGCCACUGA